AUGAGGCGGCCGGCGGGACCCGGGCUGGCCGCCUGCGGCCUCGCCUGGCUCCUCGUCUGCUGCGCCGCCCGGCGGGACCCCGCAGGCAACAAUGCCUUUACCAUUCGCCAUGAUGGACUGAACAAGUGCUUACAAGUUAAAAAGUCAUGGAUACUGAUGGAUGACUGCAAAGAGACAAGUGAAGCUUUAUGGAAAUGGGUAUCCCAGAAUCGCCUUUUUCAUCUGGGAUCCAGGCAGUGCUUGGGACUUGAUAUAGUCACCAAAUUACCAUCUCGCCUGAAAAUGGUUGAUUGUAACUCAGAACUAAUGCUGUGGUGGCGAUGUGCUGAUGCUUCUAUCAUUGGUGCAUCGCAGUACAAGGUGACUUUGGUGAAUAACUUUGUAACUGCAAGCAUAAACGCAUCAGACCAGUGGAGAAGCAACAAUUCCUCUGAUGAUAUAUGUCGGUAUCCUUACCAUGAGAUUUAUACCAAAGAUGGGAACUCCUAUGGGAAACCCUGUGAAUUCCCCUUUCUGUAUAAUGACACCUGGCAUCAUGACUGCAUUCAGGAUGAAACACACACGGGUGGGAAAUGGUGCGCCACAUCUGAAGAUUAUACUCAUGAUGGAAAAUGGGGAAUCUGCUUACAACCAGAGGAUGGCUGUCAGGAUAUCUGGGAACAUGAUCCGGGGGCUAAAAGUUGCUACCAGUUUAAUACACAGUCUGCUCUUUCUUGGAAGGAAGCUUAUAUUUCAUGUCAAAAGCAAGGGGGAGAUUUACUUAGCAUCCAAGAUGCGUCUGAAUUAAGUUAUGUACAAGGUAAAGAUGACAUCGCUGAGAUCUUUUGGAUUGGCUUAAAUCAACUGGACGUUUCUGGAGGUUGGCAGUGGUCAGAUCACAAGCCUUUGAAUUUUGUCAACUGGCAUCCAGAUAUGCAGAGUUUGUCCCCUCUGGAUGGAACUAGCUGUGUGGCGAUGAAUGCUGCCUCAGGUCAGUGGCAGAGUUAUCACUGUGGGACUCAACUUCCGUAUGUUUGCAAGAAGCCAUUCGAUGAAGCUUCAAGCCUCCCAGAGUUCUGGAGACACUUGGAUACUCAAUGCGAUACGGGCUGGCUUCCCCACAAUGGUUUUUGCUACAUGCUGAUACACAACCAGGUUCCUUGGAGUUCAGCAGAUCAACUGUGCAAAGCAAAUAAGAGUAACCUCAUCAGCGUACACUCCUUGGCAGAUGUCGAACUGGUUGUUACAAAGCUUCAUAAUGAUGCUAAAGAAGAAGUGUGGAUGGGUCUCAGGAACAAAGACGUACCAACCUUGUUCAAAUGGUCAGAUCAUUCAGCUGUGGAUUUUACAUAUUGGGAUCAGAAUGAACCAAAAGUUCCUUUUAACAUCACUCCUAACUGUGUGUCAUAUUCAGGCAAGUUGGGACAGUGGAGAGUCAAAUCCUGUGAAGAAAAAUUGAAAUAUGUGUGUAAGAAAAGAGGAGAGAUUUUGAAUGAAACAAAAUCAGAUAAAAGCUGCUCAUAUGAUGAGGGAUGGGAGAUGCAUGGAAACUACUGUUACACGAUUUAUAAAACAGAAGUUUCAUUUGGAUCACAGUGCAAUCUUACAGUAACAAACAGAUUUGAGCAAGAAUUUAUAAACAGUCUGAUUAGAAAGUACACCAAAGUUGAAGAAAAAUACUUCUGGACUGGUUUGCAAGAUAUUAGCCAUACAGGAACAUAUUCCUGGGGUGCAGUGGAUGGGGAAAAAAAUGAAGCUGUGACAUAUACUAACUGGAAUUCCUUGCAACCAGAGUUCUCAGGAGGAUGUGUGGCCAUGCCCAGUGGGAGGUCUGUUGGAAAGUGGGAAACCAAGGACUGUAAAACCACAAAAGCGUUUUCUGUCUGUAAAAAAUACAUUGGGCUGCCCAAGGAACCAGAAGUGCUUCCAAAGCCAUCUGAUCCCUGUCCCCCUGGGUGGCACAAUGGAUCAGGCCUUGCCUGCUACAAGUUCUUCCACAGUGAAAGAGUGCUGCGAACCAGGACUUGGGAAGAGGCGGAAAGGUUCUGUGAAGCUCUAGGAGGCCACCUUCCUAGCUUUACUAAUACAGAAGAAAUCAAGGCACUUCAUUCUAUCCUGAGAAGAAUAAUCAGCAAUGACAGAUGGGUAUGGAUUGGAAUGAAUAAGAGGAGUCCAGAUUCUUUGGGAACCUGGCAAUGGAGUGAUGAUAAACCCGUAACUAGUAUUAUUAUGCCACGUGAUUUUCUGGAAGACGAAUAUAACACUAGAGAUUGUGCUGCUUUAAAGACUUUUCAAUUUUCACGGCGAUCAUUUUGGAGAUUUUAUUUCCAUGAGGGCAGAGACCUGGAAUUUUAUGUCAAGCCUUUUGAUUGUGAAGCUAAACUCGAAUGGGUCUGCCAGAUUACGAAAGGUAGCACUCCAAAGACACCUGAGUGGUAUGUACCAGAUGAAAUUGGAAUUCAUGGAGCCCCACUUGUUGUUGAUGGUGCAGAGCUAUGGUUUGUACCAGAUAAAAACCUGAGCUUCCAAGAAGCUAUUUCCUACUGUCAAAAAAAUGAUAGCGAUCUAGCCUCUGUGGAGUCUUACCCAAAACUCAGGACAAUACUAUCUCAAAUAGAAAAGUUAUCAAACAGUGAACAAAAGUGGUGGCUGAAGUUUAUUGAUUAUGGCUACAGCUAUCAUUCACCUUUACAGUUAUUUCCACGCUUCCAUGAUCGAUUCCUGAGGGAUUGCUGGUAUGUUUCUAGAAAGAACUGGUACAGAGACUACCCAGUUAACUGUAACAUGAAACUGCCCUUCAUUUGUGAGAAAAAUAAUGCCUCCUUACUGGAGAAACACGAUCCCAGUUACCGCCCAGUCACAGGAGGUUGCCCUAAGGAUUGGCUUCGGUUUCGGAAUAAGUGUUUUCUAAAGAUGAAAUCUGAAUAUUUAACAUUUAAUGCAGCUAAUGAAAAGUGUAUAACUUUUGGAGGUUCACUUCCAUCUAUCUCAAAUCAAGCUGAGCAAGAUUUUAUAACAUCCUUACUUCCUGAAAUGCCAAAAGAUAUUUGGAUUGGCUUGCAGUUUUUGUUCAGCACAAGAGAAAACAAAUGGAUAGAUGGGAGUAAACUGUUGUAUAGUAAUUUUCACCCACUCCUGACAGGAAGACUAAGGAAAAUUCCUCUGGAUCUUUUUGAUGAAGAAUUUAACAAUCAAUGUGGUGUAAUCCUCAACGAUCCCAAGUCUCAGUAUGUUGGAACAUGGAAUUUCACUGCUUGCGCUGACAGGCAUUUCUUGGGUAUAUGCCAGCGGCCUACAGGCAUAGGAGCUGCUGAUAAUCAGACAGAGCAAGUCCUUAAUGAAACAUUCAGCUAUCAAAACGUUCAAUACGAAGUAAUUCUGAAGAAUUUGUCCUGGGAUGAUGCAAUGGCUGCAUGCAUAAAUCGCAAGAUGCAGCUGGUUAGCAUCACAGAUCAGUUCCAGCAGGCUUUUCUGGCUGUUCAGGCUGCCCUUCAUAAUCAACCGCUGUGGAUUGGGCUCUUCAGCAGAGAUGGUGGAAAACAUUACGGCUGGUUGGAUGGGAAGCACGUUAGUUUUAGUCGCUGGUCUGAAGAGGAUGAAGAAACAAGUGAAGAAUGUGUGUUUUUGGAUAUUGAUGGCUUCUGGAAAACUUCUGACUGUUCCUCUGCAAACAGAGGUGUUAUAUGCUACUCAUCAGAAAAGAAGAAUGAAAAAGAACAAGUUACACAAGUUAAGUGCCCACAUAAGAUUAAAAAUACACCCUGGAUAUCAUUUAGAAACAACUGCUACACUUUUAUGAUAACAAAAAAUAGAUGGCAAGAACUGAAGUCUCAAGAAGCUCAUCAUUUAUGCAAGAAAAUGAAUCCAGAAGCAUUUGUUCUGAGUGUUCGAGAUGAAGAAGAGAAUAACUUUGUUACUGAGCAGCUUCAUUCAUUCAGCGGUCUGGCUAUGUGGGUCUGGCUGGGUGUAAUUUAUGACGACAGUGACAAAGUUCUGAAGUGGUAUGAUGAAACUCAUCUGGCUUACAAUAACUGGAGGCUGGGAAGACCUACCAUAAAGAAGAACAAUUUUUUUGCUGGUGUAAAUCUUGAUGGUUUCUGGGAUAUUUAUAAUUAUUCUCAAAGUUGGCAUGCUCAUCACUAUAAUGUGUACAGUAUUCUUGCCUGUAAAAUUGAAAGGGGACCCCAGCAGCACAAACCUCGACUGCCUGAGUCUAUUCCACAUGGAAACAGAACAUACAGGAUCCUUCAGAAAAAAUUAACGUGGUAUGAGGCACUGAGAGAAUGCAAACAAAACAGAAGUGAUCUAGCAAGUGUACACAGUGAAUCAGAACAGUUAUUUCUGGAAGAUAUUGUCAAGCAGGAUGGCUAUCCUCUGUGGCUUGGGUUGUCAAUUCACGAUGGAAGUAAAGCUAAUUUUGAAUGGUCAGAUGGAACUGAUUUUGACUACUAUCCAUGGGAAUUAGAAAACUCAAAUACUACUGAGAACUGUGUUCUGUUGGAUACUAAAGGAUCUUGGAACCGUACAAAAUGUACAAAUGUUGCUGAAGGUGCCAUUUGCUAUAGCCCUCCAAACAAGAGACAAUUACAGCAAAAGCAAGCGAGUCAAGCCCCAGGAUGCCCGCAAAUUAGUGGAACGCUACAGUGGAUACAGUAUAAGGAUCACUGUUACGCAUUUGACAUGGCGUUCUACAAUUUUUCAGUAUAUAAUGCGGAAGAUGCUAAGAAAGUCUGCCAGAAACUGAAUCCUUCAGCAACACUUCUGACCAUAGGAGAUGCUGAAGAAAAUGCAUUCGUGAGCACACACAUAAAGGAGAAUGAUCUCAUCACCAAGAAAGUAUGGCUUGGACUGACUCAGAACUCUAAGGAUCAGUCCCUGUACUGGCUUGAUGGCUCAUCAGUUAAUUAUGCCAACUGGGAAAACAGAAGCACAGAACUCAAUGAAAAAUGCAGUGUUAUCCUGUCCACAACUGGCACAUGGUCCAAAGUUGACUGCAGUCGUAGCCAAAGCAGAGUGGUUUGUAAAGCUCCUUUAGGUUCUAAUCAUACUGGGGUGGCUGUAGCAUUUGCCCUGUUAAUUAUCUUAGUCUUCGCUGUCGGAUUAGUGUGGUUUCUCUACAAAAAGAAGCGUCUUCACUGGAGUGCCUUCUCUUCAGUACGUUACCAAAGAGGGAUGAAUGAUGAUGAAACUGAUGAUGUGUUCACAAAAGAUAGCUAUUGAGAACCUGUUCCUUCUAGGCAAUUUAGCAUGAACUUCACUGUGUGAAGCCACAAGGAAUGAACUACUUGAUGUUUUGUUACUUCUUUUUGAAAAAGUAAUAAGGCUAUUCAUGGGGGCUAAAUUCUUUUAUACAAGUGUGCAAUUUUUCUUCAAGCCCAUUUACAUUUGGCCUCAGUUUAAGGUACAAGGUUUCUGGAGUUCUGUAAUAUAUUUUAAUUUAGAGUAUUAUUUUCCUUCUCUUUACUGGAAAACGUUUUUUAAUGAAAUAAUUUGUGCCAAUAGUACUUAUGCAACAUCACCAUAUUGAAUGCAUGUAAAAUUGCUACAUGAAUUCUGUCACUUUUGUACAAUUUUCACUCAAUAACUUCAGGCCAAAUGAUGUAACGUUUUGAUAGCUAGCACUGGAUUUACCCUGUAGCAGCUAGCACAAAGACUAUAAAUAGGAGACAAGCCAUUUUUGUGUAGCAACUUUUCUAGAAAGCUAUUACAAAUUUUGAUACAGUAGGGGAGAAAGGAGUUAUAAGGCAACUAAGCAUUCCUUCCUAUCCAACUAGACUUUAGAUUUUCUUGUUGUAGUGGAGGAAGAUCAUACUGCUACUUUUUCCCCUCGAAGUCAUGAAAAAAACCAUGUUAUAAUGGUGAGAUAAGAAUCUUAGAAUGCAAAAUGCACAUUUUGAGCAAAGAAUUAUAGGGAAUACCCUGUACUAAAGCCAUGCUAUCUACGAGUAAAUUAAAUAAAUGUAGAAUAUUUUAAGUCUGAGACUGGCAAGCUGGCAAAUAACUAAUCUUAUCCCCCAAAGGUAGCAGGAGUAGUAAAACUACCCACUAAGGGCUAACUGCAAGCACAAGCAAAACUCAAGACAUAAUUAAAAACCUUAGCCUUAUAAAAGCAAAGGCAUCAAUGUUGUGUUUUAUCCUGUGAUAUAACUGUCAAGUAAAUUAUUCAGUUUCUUUUUACAAGUCCUUUCACAAAGUUUUAAAAGCACAAAUAGCAGAAAUGUUUACAGUGAAAAUCAGUAUCUAGAGCUAAGCAUUGAUUAAGACAAACAUUAAGAAAACUGCACCUAGAGUAGUAUUUAGAGGAAGAUCUAUCACACUCUAGCUUGUCUUCAAACUACUCUGGAAUUAGACCCGAGUGAUUUUCUUGUGGAUAAAACAGGGAAAAGACCUCCAUUUUAUGAUCUGUUGCACUGUGACACCUGAGGACAGGAGUUUGCAGUGAUGGUGUUCCAUGUUCUGUAAUGAGAUGCUCCUGACAUUGUACCUCCAGUAAUGCUCUUGUUUAUACUAGGGUUAAAUGCUUUACUAUAUAAGGUGAAAUAUCUGUUGUCUGUCCAAGAAAUAAGAUAAAGAUAUAAGGAAGGAGUGAGAAAGAAUGUAUGGUAAAUUAAGUUGCGUAUGUAAAUGCUAAAAAUACUUGAGUAUUUUACAUAAAACUUAAACUUGAUUUUUGUAUGGAAUGUGUCACUGUGGCCUUUUCUAUGCACUCCGAAGAAAGUUAUAAAGGGAAAAAGGGAAGACAGCAUUGUAAAUGUUAUUCUAGUGAUUUGACUGUUUCAGAAGUCAUUAGACUUCUUAAACGUGCAGUACGAAAGUCAGAACAGACACGGUUACUUUUAUGAAGGAGUAUAUGCAAAAGACCAAAUCCAUUCCCCAUCUAAUGAUGGUGUGAUAUGGGAAAUAGGAAUACAUUUGGUCUGACAUGCUGAAAAAGCGUACUACUGAUUUCUCUAAAGCAACAUUGCAAGGUCAUAAUAUUCAGCUGUGUUUUUUUCCCUGCGGUUUACUUACGUUGACAGCACUUUUCUUUGUUCCUUUUUGCACUAUUUUGAUAAGCAGGUGUUUAUCAUCUGUACUGAGAAAUAGAGAACUUUCUGUAGAUAUCACUUUAGAGCCUGUUAAAAUAGAGUGAAGGGGCAUAGUAAAGGAAACAUUGUUUUAGUUUGCUGAUGAAGAAAUAAGCACUUUCAUUGUUUUGGUACUUAGGCACAAUUGUGGACGUUUUCUUUCUUCUUUCUUGAUGCUAGUUACUAUGUAAUGAAAAUAAUCCCCACCUCCCUUCUUAAGCCUCCUUGGUUCCAGAAGUAUGAAACAUAACAAACCCUGGUGCCUGUCAUCUUGUUUUAGCUUAUAAGCAUAAAUGUUUUGCCAAAAAAUUUCUAAGUUAACAAACUUUAAAAGUGGUGUUUUAUUGUCCUUUUCUAACAACAAUAAUAAUUGGGGAAAAAUAUUUACAAAUUCAUGUUUUCAGAUUUACUAGUUUUAUAGGUGUUUAUACUUUGAAAAUUUUUAGGUGCGAGUCUGAAAUUGAAAUUAGUGAUAAAAUCCUAAUUACCCAACAAAUGACUAUAUCCUUUUUAUAAUAAAACCAAAUAUUUGUAUAUUUUAUUCUUACGGAUGAUGUAAAUAAUUUUGCAAGGCCCCUCUUUUCAUGUUUGUUUUAUCAUACCCAAGUUGUCUAAUCACUGGUGAUUCUUAUUUGAACAAGCACAACUGCCUUAGUGCAGCUGAAUAACCCACUUUAUUUGAAAUAUAUAGGAAAAUUAUUUAGCAGUAUUGUUACUGAAAGAAUAAAGUUAAAUAAAACACUAAA